AUGGAACACGAGAAAAGGGAAGAUGAAUUUUUUUGGAGAAAUCACAAUUACAAGUGCAAAGUGUUGGGCAAAUUUCCGUAUGUGGAUGGGGAUGCGUUCGAUGGGAGAGCGUUGGAUAGGAAGUUCCUCAGGAUUCGUGUAAUUUUGGACAUUACAAAACCUUUGCUUUGUGGGUUUUGGGUUAGGCGUAGGAGGCUCAGUGAUAUUUGGGUUGAGUUCAAGUAUGAAAAGUUGGGUAUUUUCUGCUACAAAUGUGGCCGGAUUGGGAACCAUUACAGAAGCUGCCAAUUCCCCGCUAAAAAGGGUAAAUUUGGACCCUGGUUACAGGCCGAGCCACCGAGUGAUUCUCUGGCUGUCGCUUCCCUUUCCUCUUCCUCUUAUGUCCCCGGAAGAGCAACCGUGGUGGCGGCGGCAAGGGACACAAAUGCAUGCACUACUUUGAUCACAGUUCCUUCAAGUUCAGAACCAGAAGAAGACAUUCAUCAAGAGAUGGAGUCUGAACACAUGUACCAUGGCAGUUAUGCAGAUAUUUCAGCAAGGAAUCUCAAGCAAAAGUUGAUUGUGAACAGUCUAGAUUCGCUGGUCAUGGUAGCAAAUUGUGCUAUGAUCUCUUCCCGCCUGGCUGAUGCAAGUGCAUACGACUGGAGGUUGCUUAUGGUGAUGGCGGCCUAUUUCACAUAUCUGGUGCUGAAGCUGAUUCGCAUAACUCAGAGGUCGUGGCUGCUAAAAGCAUUCAACCCCCGUCAGCCACCUAAUCAAGAGCAGAAUCUGAUGGCUCUCAUGGAAAUCUUGAUUUUGGUUGUGUUUUUUGCGAUGCUGAAAUCCUCAUAAAAUGCUACUAUGAACUUUCUGUUUAAGCUUAGUAACGGUCUUACUGUCUGUACCCUGUUUUUGACUUUACGUUUGGCUUCUUCUGGUAAAUGAGCUUUUUGCUAACUACGAGUACAAAUGUAUGUUGAGCUUCAACUUCUUUAGAA